AUGGAUUCUAUGGUCAAGGAAUGGUCAGUCCUUUUGGACCGCUGUUUGGAGCGCCGCGUCCAAUCUGAUGUUUUCGCUGCCGCAGUCGCGCAGCUACACGCCAAGUCUCCACUGCCAGGCCGGAAACUCGCCGCUCUGCUUCUUCGCCCACGCGUCGCAGAUAAUAGCAACAUCGACCCACGCAUUGUAAUUUACCUAGAGCAACUCUUGUCGCUGAAGAAGCUUGACACUUCCGAUGUUCUGAUUGUUGCGCUUCUGUACUCCAAAGUCCGACAACCAAUCAAGACAGAGGAGAAGCCCUCAAAAGAUGCGCAAUGGAGCAACCCACCAGAAUUGGAAGAACUCAUUUUUCAUCGUUUGCACAAGGUCUUUGCUGCAGAGGAACGCCCUGUCAACAAUGUCGAGGGUGUGCACACCCUAGCUGUUGUAGCUCGAUGGAUGCAGGCAAUGGUCACCUCGCAUACCAGCGAUACCAUGAUUCAGGCCAUGGCUGGCAUACAACAGCCACAACAGCAGUCCAUCAACGUGCGAGAGGGCCUCGCUAUGCUCGUGGUUGGAGUAAUCGAGAAUUCAAAAAUCCUCCGAAUUCUAAAUCACCCAAAAGCUAAAGAGGUACGCAAGGAACUCACGAAAUCCCUCACAUCAUUUAUCCCAUUUCUAUCCAACAACUCGGCGGGAUCUCAGACGUCUCUAUCGCUAGCAAACAGAUUAGAAAUGUCGCAAAAACAACACGACUUGUACGAAAAACUCCCAAAUGUCAAUGGGGAGGGAAACGAGAGUGCCGGCCUUGAAGUUGCUGCGCUUCAGCUUGAUGCAGUAAUGGAGCUGCCACAAGCGAAUACGCGAGCUGGUCUCUAUGUAUUUCUGAAUUCAUUACUUGUUGCACGACCACUAACUGAUGACUUUGUUAUCAUUAGCCACUUGCACACGCGUUACAAGCUUGAACCUCAGAACAUGGCAACAGAUCUAAUCACGGCUGCUUUUGACAUUCUCGCCAACGCCAUGUACCGCAAUGAGCCCACUCAAACCUUGUUCUAUCUAAAGUCUUUCUUGAUCAACAAGAUUCCUACUCUUUUGACGCAGAUUUCCGGCUCGAUCUUUCCAAUGACAGUUGAGAUGUGUAUUACCCAGGCGCUCAGCCACGUGGAUCCAAGCGCUUUCCCAUCUUUCUCGCAAGGCUUCGACGAUAUCAUGGGGAGCAACAACUCUCUUUCAGAUGUCAGGCAGGAUUAUCUCAAUGCCUGUGUGCUCCAUGGUCUCCUCCCAGCGGGUACUGUAGAGCGCCUCUUAGGGGAAGCACCUAUGCAAGGACCACCAGCAAAAAGAUACGAGAGAAAGGAGUUGCUCAACCAGUGCAAAUCCAAUUUCGACAAAGUUAGCGUAUAUAUCGAUGAACUUGAGAAUCUUGAUGGAAACGCUGGUGCCAUUGUUGCAGCUGUGGCAGACUUCAUCUCACAUCUUUGCGAUACACAAACAACCAUGUAUCUUAAGCAGCUUUGCUGUUUAAUCUUCAAGAAACCUCAGGCGAUGGAUGUGAUGCUACAGUUCACCUCGCCUGCGAGCAUACUACGACCAUUAUGCCAGUUUCUUGAAGAUUGGCAUUAUGAUAGCGACCAAGGCGAAUAUCAGCCCGUAUAUGAUGAGUUUGGCUCUAUACUCGUUCUCGUCAUGGCCUUUGUAUACCGUUAUGAUCUGGUGUACCAUGACAUCGGCAUUGCUCAUGAUACAUUCAUCGCGAAGCUAUUGCAGCACGGACAUCACAGCAUACCGCCAGAUGAGUUGACCGAAGAGCAGGGCAGAAAUCUUGGAAGCUGGCUCAAAGGGCUCUAUGACUCGGACAAGGAAGGCUUGAGUAACGAAGUCUUUGCGUCGUGUCGGCCACAAGACUUUUACUUGAUCGUACCAACCCUUUUCCAUCAGACAGUUGUGGCUUGCUCCCUAGGUGUUUUGUCUUUUGAAACCGUCAAAGGUGGUCUAGAAUACCUGGGUGAAACGUUCCUCAUGCCAUCGCUAAUCGGAGGGUUGACCUGGAUGACUUCCUAUGCCCUGCUACAGACCCACAACGACCUGGACGCAAUCACACGCAUUUUCAACGCGAUUUUACUCUCUGCACCGUCAUCCGGAGAUGCACAAGCUAUGCACUCUACCAUCAUAGCAAUGGUGUCAAGCCGCCUGGAGAAGUGCUUUCGUACGCUACAGCGACGAGAACCGAAUCGUAACAACCUCGACUCCUUUUUGGAAGCCAUCAAAGUGCACGCACACUAUGAGCGCACCGUGUUUGCCACAAUGAAGGAGCUGGAUCAAUGGACAAAUGCACCCAACAGUACAUUGAAUACCUCUCUGCGACACACUGUGCAACAGCUCUCACAAUGGGCUUCAACGGCUUCAAUGCAACCAAACCCGCCAAGCUACACACAUCGUCAGCUAUACGCUUCGCUGAAGAUGCUGGGCGCGGCCCGGACAUUACGGGCUAUUGUAGACGAAGUGAAGACGCAAACUGACGGUGGUAACGGAGCAGCAGCACUUGACGUUGGAGUAUCCAUUAUCUGCGCGCCAACUGUCGAGGACAGCCCCAUCUCAGUAGACUGGGUUGGAAGCACAGUACCAGCGCCCACGCCGCAGCGAACGCGCAUGAACCUACGAGAAAUGCUGAAGCAGGAUUUCGACAAUGCAGCCAGCCUAGUCGCUACUGAUCCCUUGACCGCGGAGACAAUAGUGCGUUUACAUCGGCGCGUCGAAGCACACUUUACAUCGCUGGCGGAGAACGGGCUCCAAGCACCUCCAAUCAACAUACCAAGCGUCAACAUGGCAGAUAUGCAAUCACAAUCUAUUUCUGAGCACCUAAACCGGGCCAUGGACGACGCCGCAGCCGCGAGCAUGGUUGAGGAUAUUUCCAACAUGGAUAACAAGGCUCUCCAGCGCAGCAUGGACGAGCUUGCCAGCACUGAGGGGCUGGACCUGUCGGGUAUCGGUAUGGGCAAUGGCGAUGCAGGAAGUGGAGAUAUGAGCACGGAUCUGGGUAACUUGCCAGACUUGGACCUGGGCGAUAUGGGAGGUAUGGGCAUAGAUAUGGAUAUGAGCAUGGACAUGGGCGGAGGUGGAGGAGGCGAUGAUGACUGGGGACUUGAUUUUGACAACAUGUAGAUGAUGGUUUGAUACUGUAGCAUGCGUGUGGAGUAUUGAUAGAAGGGCUUGAGAUACAUGUUGUUUUAGUCAGACUCUGCUUGAACAUGUAGUAAAUGUAUUCUUCAUCU